AUGUCGAGCUUACCAUCGAUGCUGUGGCAGUUGACAAGUCUCAACAGUGAGUGCAUAGCAGCAACUGUCCUGGUGAGGUUCAAGCCUGCGAGUGUAGUUGUUGACGAUGCCGCCAUACCCGGCAAAACCGUCUCGUUCACGGAGCAAUGGCAAAUCGUCUCGAGAUGCAGCGCCAACUUUCAAACCCCGAUGCAAGGUACACGUCGGACCUUAUCACCGAAGAGAAUCCGCCAAGAGGCUCUCUUGACGGGGGACUUAUCCGCGCUCGAACUAGAGAGCACGUAUAGAGCGUAUAUUGAUUGCACCAUGGCGCGAAGAAUGGAGACGGACCUGCACAAAUUUGUUCACCCGCACCCGGUCUUCAACACCAAGACUCUGACGGAAGAGGACUACCGACAGGCAUUCUUCACAGCAACCCCUGGACCUCGUCCUUAGCAUCCCCACCAUCGUCGUGGACGAGCAGACGCAGCGAGUGGCGGUACGGAUGGAUUGCGAUAGCCGGCAAGCCCACCGACACGUUUGCUGGCGUGAAGCCCAACGGCGGGCGCUGUCAGCAUCCACGAUCCACGAGCACGUCACCUACCGCUUCGAGAAGGGGCAGGAUCGCGAGGGUAGGUAUGGAGCAUCGUCGACCGGGCGUCCUACGCAGAGCAGAUGUCAAAUUAACAUUCGCUACCCCGUAGCACAAGGAAAAAGAAGGCCCGGGUUUUCUUUUACAGUAUCGUGAUAAGCAUGUGCCCUGGGGAAACACAGAGCUCCAGACCAU